AUGGCCGUUGUGCUCUCGUCGGAGGACGACUAUUUCUCGUCGACCAGCUUGAAGCGAUCAUCGUCACAAUCUAAAUUCGUCACAAAAUCCUCUCUGCGAUCCUCUGCGCCAACAAGCAAGAUUGAGGAUCCAUACUCGCACUUCCCCAGACAAUACGCCGAUUCCACCGCCUCGUCAUCCGCACCCUCAUCUCCACGAACAAUCCAGCCCUCCGACUCAACAGACACAUCUUUCGUUUCUACCCCCGCAAGCAACAUUUCCGUAUCAUCAUCCUCCGAUUGCGACGAACUUCCAAUCGACUUCCAACCCGAAGACCACUUUACUCUACCAGACUAUGAGCAUGCUUUGUACCAUGAUCCUUUAGAAGACCUCGAACCUCCACCGAGUCCGACAAACUCUCCGGACAAUGACGGCUCUGGAAGCAGCACUUCAGGGCCCGUGACACCGGAAAUCAUCGACCGUGCCGAGGACGACACUGCCAUCCGACAACAACCUACACGCCACGUCGACUAUCUCUCGCACAAUUGGACCGAAGAGGAAAUCUGGUCAUCGUGGCGAUACAUUGUGUCCCGUCGCAAGGAUUACAUGAACGCUGCGCGACUCGAGAACGCUUCGUGGAGGACGUGGCUCAAGGCCAAGAAUAACCUGAAGACGGUCUCUCCCGAGACGUUAAACUGGCUCAAGGAGUGCGACGUUACUUGGUUGUACGGACCGUUACAAACCCCACACACUUCGACGGGCCGAACGACAGACCCCGAGGCGGGAAGCUCGACGCUAUCCAAAACGAACUCCUUCAUCAACAAAAAACCAAUUCUAAAGAAGCGCAGCAUGUCCGAAAUAAUGUUGCGGCGAUCCCUUUCCAGCUCGUCUCUCCUCAAGCAGGCGGCGGCUGCUGUGCAAGCGCAGGAGAAAGAUCCCAGGCGGGGAUACAGCCGGCCGGGUUUCGACAGAGCAGCCACCGACUACGUUACCUUCCCUUUCUCGUCGCCGCGAGAGAGCAGUGACACGAGCGUUCCGCCUUCCGACUCCAGCUCCGGAAUCAUCUCACCUACUUCGGGGAGGAAACGAAUCCAUUUCAAUGAGCAAGUUGAGCAGUGUAUUGCUGUCGAUAUCAGAGGCGAUGAUGAUGGCAACGACACGCCUGUGGAUCAGUAUGGAUCUAGCGAUUCGGAUGAUGGGGCAAUUAUGAUGAAGCGAACCUCGAGACGGCGGAAAAUGCCCCUAAAGCGUAAUAAGAAAAAGGCGAAGGUAUCUGAAGGCAAGACGAUUGCAAUGUUGCCAUCGACGACUCUCAAGGAUCGUGAGGAAACCUCCGAGCUGGAAACCGCCAUGAAGCACGGCCCCCGAGUAUACCGGAGCCCCAUUGUCUCCCCAUCGUCAUCGCAAGAGACUCUCCGAGCGGAGACCGUGAAGUCCCCCAAGACGAGACGCUUCUUCUUUGAGGAGGAAGAGGAUGUUGACGAAGAUGCCUUCUUUGCUGAUGGAACCGCUUCCUUUGAUCGAACUACAACUGCCCUACGUCGGACACCAUCAAGCAGCAGUCUAACGGCCGAGCCUGCCGGGAUGCGCCGCACGCCCUCCGGCAUGUUCAUGCCUUGCGACGAGGCAGAACCGCAAGCAGGAAAUGGCGGACUCUUCAGUCGCGUGCUUGACACGGUCAACACGGCCCGCGACAUCGCCCACGUAAUCUGGAAUGUUGGCUGGAGAAAGUGA